UCAGACCGUCCUUCACAGCGACACCUUCGCUGCCCUCGAGCACAUCACUGCUCCCUCGUCGCCCUCGCAUGCGGUCUUCCUAAUUGAUCGCACUUUGGGCUUGCGCAAAUAUCUUACACCCUCACGAUGGCUACCGCUGCCGCCGUCGCCGCCGCCACGGCCUCUCCUGGUGACUACCCCGAAUCGCCAAUGGACGCCGAUGACGCGGUAUACCCAUGCAAAGGAUGUGGACAGAUUCUGGAGGAAGGCAAGGCUUUUGAGCUAGCUGGACUACGGUGGCACAUCGAUUGCUUCAGGUGUAGCGGUUGUCGCACACUCCUCGACUCCAAUGCCAGUCUCCUCCUGCUCGGUGACGGAUCCCUCCUCUGUAACGAUUGUACCUACAACUGCGCCAACUGCGGCGCAAAGGUCGAAAACCUCGUCAUCCUCACCGGCGAUCAGGCAUUCUGUGUCGGGUGCUUCCAAUGUCGGAAUUGCAAAGCUGUCAUCGACGACGGGAAGUAUGCGCGCACUUCUCAGGGUGUCGUGUGUAUGAAUUGUCAUAGUGCGUUAACAGCACGGCGGCGGAAACGUCCGAAAGGCUCCAAAACAUCGUCCUCGAAGGAAAAGGCAUUGCCAUCACUUCCACCUGGGGUGGGCAGUUCCUUGGACAUUCCAUUCGAGGUUGAAAAUGCCACCGACUUCACUUCCGACUCGAGCACACCACAACAUCGGUCACCGCGGGAGUCAGCACAGAAAUAUCAACGAGAUCGCUCACCUUUGGCGGAAGAGGUGCCUCGAGGUGGCCCCACUUUACCCUCUAGUACAUAUAACGAUCCAAAAGCAUCUAGCAACACAAUCGACCUCGAUGAUGAGAUAGAAGGCUUCCUGCCGAUGGUCCUCGAUCCGACUCCGUAUACCGCGCCGCCCAGAAACCUGCCGCCCAUACCACGAAAGCAGCUCCCAUCUGCAUCCUCUGCGGAACCAUCACCUUCCAUUCCCAAAGAAAAUCAAGCGCCGAAAGAGUACUUUCCCGACACGAGUCGACCUUACGCCAAUCUCCCAGCGCGCGGUGCCUCUCGAGCAGAUACUGAAGAUGGUUCGUUGAGUGACCGCGAACACUUGACCAAGCCAGGCGAACACAUCUUGUCGCAAGACAAGAAUCGUUCACGAAAACGGGAUAUCUCCGCAGGUGGAUCAUCGUCCACGGUGCCUGUGGUAGCGUCGCCAGACAUCACGCGACAGCAAGAGAAGAAGACAACACAGCGCCCGGAUCUCAAACCGUAUUCACACAGCAAAGAAGAUUCCAAAGUAAGUGACACUUCAACUGCUCGUGGCGGGGAAUUACGAGCCACUCCUAGGAUGGGCGCCAAUUCACCGGCGGGACCGGUGGGCAGGGAUGGCAAGCCGUCCGGCUCUCCCUUGUCUCUGGCCUCGACCGAAUCCAGUCCCAAUCCCUUUGAUGACCCGAAGCGAAGAGAGCUUCCGCAUCCUGUGUCGAGUUCGAGGAAUGCGGACCAUGGGUUACCUCAGCGCGGUGAUUCCCUCGCCACAGCGGCCGCGGCUGCGUCUGCCACUGCGGCGGGAACUUCGCGAUCGACGGAGUCGGCCACAUUGGAUCUUUCGUCGUUUCAAAUACAAACACCGCCCCCUCACAAUCAUGCGCCGACAUCUGUCUCAUCGGGCAUGUCAUCCUUUGUGGACGCGCAAAGUGUCAUUGCACAGACGCCUGGUUCAGAAGCACCGCCAACCCGAGACGGAAAUGAUGUUAUCCCCCCUCCACCGCGAUCCGCAUCGCGCCCGACAGCUUCGGGUCCGAAUAAGCCAACUUCGCACGAUAAUUUCACCGCCCCUCGAGCGCCGCCAGCGCCGCCAGCGCCUCCAGCAAUCCAAAUGCACCGCAACAAUGCAUCAAUCAGCACAAUGCAGAGCGAGGACCCGAGGGCGUCAUUGGAAGGUCCACUGUCACCGUCGCUGCUGGGUCCUGCGUUCCUCAAAUUUGACGGAGGCUUUUCAAUGGAAGACGAAAUGGGUCGCAUCAUGCGUGGUGAAAAGAGAGAGAGCGGCGAGGAGAAACCACAAUCCGUUUUACGAAGGGUGUCGAAUGCUGUCAAGCAUGGCCGCAGCUUCAGCGAGCGUUCGGUCAGCUAUGCGAACAAGGGUUCGCCGCUGAACUCGUCCGUUGACAUCAGCUCCCCUAAUUCUGUCGCUACACCCACCAUCACAUCGCCAUCGACUGGCGUAGACGCCGUCGAUUCUUUGCGCGCAUCUUUGCGUCGCGCGCAGACCCACAUUGCCAGUCUCGAAGCGGAGAAGAUGGCGUUGGAGGAGAAAUUGAAUGGGUCCAGCGACAUCAAAGCGGUCAACACGGAACUCCGCGAAAAGCGCUCCACGAUGGCCAUCCUGGACACGCAAAGGGAGAUGGUCGUCCGGGAAUUGGAAGUCAUGACAAACCAUCUCAACAAGGCCAAAGACAGCCGGCAACCGCUCGACUUGGGUUCGCUCAAGACAAACAUCUUGAAAGAUUUUGCAGAGUCGCUGCAGAAACUUAAAGACACCAUGUCUGGGCAGAUUGAGGAUCUGAUGCACAAACGGAAUGAGUUGACCGAGGAAAUUGGUAGCCUCAUCCAAAUGAAGGACAAGGGUUUCCAGGAGUACGAGAGUUUGUCAAGCAAGAAUACGCAACUGGUUCAACACAACAACGAGUUGCUGCGGAAUAUCCAGGGCGUCUACCAGGACAAUCGCAGCGCGACUAUUGGCACGCCAACAAGCACAACCACCAGUGGGCUGGGUAUUUAUCCUGCAGGAGCGAAAUCCGAUGCUUCAUCCGACACUCGCAACAUAAGCCUGGCACACACGGAUUCCAUGCCGCAGUACGACGGUGAAAUUGAAGCAGCCACGGUUCUGACCGUUCCACAAGUGGUCAACAUCCGGAAAGCCGCAGCGCCGAAGAAAUUUAACUGGCGACGUGGUGGAGAGAAGAUGGCCAAGAACGUGACCAAGGGUAUCAAAGGAGCUUUCGUGGGUGACAAGCCAACAACAACCACGUCCGUCAAUGGUCAGCAAUAUUCCAUCGGUCUGCCUUAUGGUGCCACGCAACAGACCGGUGGUCCCACCGAAUUCGGCCCAGGGGGUGUCGGAACUACCCUCAACGGCAGUAACGGAAAUGCCAGCGCAAACAAACAGGCUAAUGCUUCCGAUGACGGCAAGGCUGGAUUCGGAUUCUUUGGAGGGAAAAAUGGCAAUGCUGGUCCUGGUGGUUUAGCGCGAUCGGGAACUGGCCUGGGCCAUCUCAAGAACAACAGUGGCACCAAUCUCGCCCUGAAUGCCACAUCCAACGGUCCAUCUACUCCCGUCUCGGCCGCCGACGGCAAAGUCCUCUUUGGUAGCGAACUCUCUGCGCGGUGCGCCUUCGAAGGCCGACCCAUUCCCCAUCUCGUCAGCAUUUGCAUCGCCCAAGUCGAAGCCCGCGGUCUAGAAGUCGAAGGCAUCUACCGAAAAUCGGGCGGCGCCGGCCAAGUCAAACAGAUCCAACAGGCCUUCGAGCGGGACUACCUCGCAUGUGCCCCACUGCUCUCCGACCCCGACACGGACAUCCACUCCGUCACUUCUGCCCUGAAACAAUAUUUCCGCAAACUCCCCACCCCGCUAAUCACCUACGACGUCUACGACCGCCUCCUCGAAGCCGCCCAGAUCCCGGCCUCCACCGCUCCGCCCCCAUCCUCCUCCUCCACAACCACGACCCCCUCCGCCGCCCUCACAAAGGAAUCCUCCGACGCCGCCUCCACCACCUCGAGCGACUCCUCCGCCUCCUCCGAAGCCGAGAGCACCUUCGACCCCAACGCCGCCAGCAUCUCCGCCCUGCGCGCCGCCGUCCAAGCCCUGCCCUCCGCCCACCGCCAAGUCCUCGCGCUCCUCCUGCAACAUCUCGCCACCGUCCAACGCCACGACUCGACGAACCUGAUGACGGCGCUGAACCUCGCCGUCGUCUUCGCCCCGACCAUCAUGCGCCCGAGGAGCAUCGAGCGCGAAAUGACCGAUAUGGCAGCGCAGCGCCAGGCCAUCAUGAGGAUGGUGGAGUGGCAGGGACGGGUCUUUGCGGAUGAAUAAGUCCGAUGUAGAAUGGGUUUUGUAUUUGAGAUUGAACGAAAUUGGGCUGUAUUGGGGGGCGAGAGCGAUUUGGUGGUUUCUUGUUUGCUUUUUUUUCUCCUUAUUUCUUCUUCUUCUUCACCGUUGUUGUUGAUGAUGUUCUUUUAGCUCUGAUGAACGAUUGAAUCCCAUUUUAGUUCUGUUCCGAUCCUUUCUGUUCCGCAAAUCGGUGUCUCUCGUCGAUUGAA